AUGGAGCGGGGCCGGGUGCCGCCGCGCUGCGGGGGCCCCUGGAUCCUCUGGCUGCUCCCGGCGCUGGCGGGCGGUGAGCCGGGGCGGGGGACGGCGGCCUGCGCAGCUCGGCACCCCCCCCCCCCGGCUCACCCCCCUGCCGCAGCGCAGGCCGGGGAGCCGGCGGCGGGGCCCUCGGAGGAGCGGACGGUGACGGGCGUGCGGGGCCGGGCGGUGGAGCUGGGCUGCGGGCCGGCGGCGGCGGGGGCGGCCGCCGUCUUCUGGAGCUUCGCGGGGCCUCCGGGGACGCCGGGGCCCUGGCCGCGGGCGGUGGCGGCGGCGGCGGCGGGGGGGCGGGCGGCGCUGGCCCCCGGCGUCGCCGCUGCCCUGGGCCCCGCCAGCGUGCGCAACGGCAGCCUGCGCCUGGGCCGCCUGCGCCCCGCCGCCCAGGGCCGCUUCCUCUGCCAGGCGCUGCUGCUGCGCCCCGAGCCGGGCCCCCCGCGCGCCGCCUCCGCCGCCGUCCGCCUCCGCGUCCUCGUGCCCGUGUCGAAGCCGGCGGUGCGGCCGGCGACGGCGGCGGUGGCUGAGGGGGCGGCGGCGGCACUGCGCUGCGCCGUGCGCGAGGGCUCGGCCCCGCUGCGCUUCUCCUGGCGCCGCGGCCGCGAUGGUGACGGCGACGACGACGGUGACGGCGACCUCGACGGCGCAACGUGGCACGGCCCGGCGCUGCGGCUGGCGCCCGCCGCCCGCAGCCACGCGGGCUGGUACUCGUGCACGGCGCGCAACGAGGUCAGCAGCCGCCGCAGCGCCCCAGCCUACCUCGACGUGGCCUGUGAGUGUCCCCCGGCGCCGUUUUGGGGCCGUUCGGCAGUUCUGGCUGCUUUUUGAGGGUGACGGGGCGCCGCUGUCGCCGCAGA